CCGAGACAACAAAGAGCACGUUUCGAGGACAGUCACUGAUGGACCGAUGUACUGAUGGACUGUUUAACACAUUUUGGCUACCUGGUAAUAGUUCAACACACAAUACAGGUUUAACUGAAUGGUUCUUCUAAACGUAUUAUCACGUAAAUUACAUUCAUUAAUCACGAUCUACGAGUUGUGACAGUGUUGUCACGACAUCAGCCUAACACGCAUUUGUCCCUGUCACGAAGCAGACACAAAGCGAAAGCCAGCAGCUUCCUGACAGGCAGGAAACAACAGGUGUGGCUGGGUGCGGUUUCCUCCAGUAUACUCAGAUGUUACAACCCUAAUUGGACUCAUACAUGAUGGCGACGAGUCUGCAUAUCUGCAGGAGGUGCUAUGGUGCAGAUGAACAAAAGUCUGCUAUCUAAAAAAAAAACACUUGACAUGAAGUAUCCUGUUAACCAAUUGACAGAGCUGAGAGAAGUUGUAUUUGUGAUUCAAAGUCAGAAGAACUCAUACCACAUUCAGAAGGCAGAGCAGAGGAGAGCACACCUUAAUAAUCAACAGCAAAGCUCACCGGUGGUUGUGCUUCUUCACCAGUUGUCAGAAUAUGAUGGAAACUGGGGGAUUCUUCCUGUGCUGCCUCGUCUGGCUGAAGGUUACUGCCAGAGCUCUUUGUGGAUUUUUUUCUUGGAGGAGGAGACCGUUGUCAAUUUAACCAGACUGCUGCAGGUGUUUAGCAGAUUUAACCCUCAGAAAGAGUGGUUUCUGGGAAGAGCUCUUCAUGAUACUGCUGCGACCAUUAUCCACCAUUAUGCCUUCUCCGAAGAUCCGACUGCUUUUAACUACCCUGAUUUUGCUGCUGGUUGGGCCCUCAGCUGCUCUCUUGUUAAAAGAUUAGCAGAUUACAUGAAGCAUGAGCCACCCAAAUCAGAUUUCACCAUUGACCUUAAGUACGAGAUUGCAUUGUAUAUUUGGGAGGAGGGAAGAGGACCUUCUUUGACUGCUGUGCAUGAGUUCUGCUCUGAACUUCACAGCUCACCAAACACUGAGCAUUGCGCUACCACUUUCAGCUCUUUCCUGCCAAGCUGUGGUACCCUACUGAAAAGGGAGGACAUUUUUGUGGCAGUAAAGACUUGUCAUAAAUUCCACCAUGACAGAGUGUCUGUGGUAAAGAAGACCUGGAAAAAAGACGCUGGGUUGCUCGAGUUUUAUAGUGAUGUUGCUGAUCCAGCCAUUCCCACCAUUGACCUGGGAGUUCCCAACACAGAGAGUGGACACUGUGCAAAGACGUUUGCCAUUUUAAGGAGGUUUGUCAGCAGAGAAGUGACUCAAGCACCAUGGCUUCUCCUAGUAGAUGAUGACACAUUGAUAAGUUUGCCCAGACUCCGACGGCACCUGCGCUGUUACAACCCUAAUGAAGCUGUGAGCAUCGGUGAGCGCUAUGGCUAUAACCUCAACAAAGGUGGAUACAGCUAUAUCACUGGUGGAGGAGGUAUGGUGUUCAGUAGAGUGGCGGUGUUGAAAAUCCUCUCCAGUGGUUGUGGCUGUUACAGUCCAGAUGCCCCAGAUGACAUGGUAUUGGGAAGGUGCUUUAACACACUGGGGUUGUCAGUCACUCACAGCCCACAGUUUCACCAGGCUCGUCCAGAUGAUUAUCCUAAAGAGCUGCUGCUCCGUCAGAGCCCAAUCUCCUUCCACAAACACUGGAACAUUAACCCUGUCGCUGUGUACCAGCAGUGGCUGAUGGACUCUGAUGAUCUGCUUGAGCAGAUAUUUAGGACAGAGUACAGACAAGAGCUCUAAGCCAUGAUCUUUCUUUCAUGUUGUGUGUAAAGAGUAUAUAUAAUUAUACACUUAUCAAAUGUAAAUAACUUUUAUUCCUGAUAUUUGUUUACAUUAAAGAAACACUUUUCUCUCUAUUUAAUGUUUAUUUUUUUACAGUAAAAAGGCAGAUGCUUUUUUUUUAAAGUGAGUUACUAGUGCAGUGCUGCAACAGUGGCUCUAUGACAGACCUGGGAUUUGACAUUACAGCCACAAGCUUAAGAAAUACUUAUACAUUUAGUGGAUUUAUGGAACUUUUUUGCUGUAACUAGGUAUAUUCUACUGAAUUGUUUGUUGGAAAAUGUUUUUUAGUUGAACCGUGAAAGAUUUUUACUUGUCAAUUAUCUACAUAUAUAUUAUGCACUGCGUCGUUUUACAUAUGUUCAAACCUCAAAGUAAUUGAAUUUAAAGGACUUCUUUACAGUAGGCAGGAACGUCAGUAGAUAAUUUUUCUCUGCAGAAUACCCACAGCACUCAAAGUCUAGCUAUCUGGCUAAUGAUUAAACAAAACCUGAGAGCAAUGCAUCACAAUUGCUUAAUCCUGUCUAUCACAACAGCACCUAGUAAUCAUUAAGAUGUGACUGAAUAUUUAUUUAUUUAAUGUAUUUAUUUUAGCCCUAUAUUCUUUUUUUUUUUUUCAUGUUUAAAAGUUGGGCAGUCGUAAAAAAGCAUUUCACUGCAUGUCGUAUUCUGUAUGAAUGUGUAUGUGUCAAAUAAAUUUUUUAAUUGAAUUUGAAUUUGAUUUGGCAUUUAAUCAGUUG